UCUACAACAAACAUGGCCGCGAAAUCAGACGGUACAGCCGUUUCUGUGCAGAAUGACAUUCCGCCAAUGUGCCUCCCCGGUCUGGAGAAACGUCCGCCACAGUGCCGUCCCGUCGGGAAGGAGUAUUCUCUCCUAGACUGCUGCUGGACCCUCUGCAGCCUCUUGGUCUUUUUUUCGGAUGGGGCUUCAGACCUGUGGCUGUCUGCCGACUACUAUCUCAGGCGGGACUACUGGUGGUUCGCACUUACGCUGGUUUUUAUCAUAAUUCCGUCUGUUGUGGUGCAGGUGCUCAGUUUCCGAUGGUUCGCGUACGAUUACUUGGACUUGAACGAAAGCGGCACGGCGGCGGCUGCUAUGGUGGCGGCGUCUAAUGCGGAGAGCCAGUUCAGCACCAAGGACAGCGAUCAGCGGGGCGCUGGCCGUUCUGCUGUGGUCACUGGAACCUUCUGCAGAGCAUGUGUGUGGCUCUUCCAAAGCAUUGUGCACAUUUUUCAGCUGGCACAGGUCUGGAGAUAUGUCCACGCCUUAUAUCUGGGUGUACAAAGCCUCUGGCUUGGGGACCACAAGCACAGACACUUCUACUGGCGUAUGAUGUUCGAGAGUGCUGACAUCACUAUGCUGAGACUGCUGGAGACCUUCCUGAAGAGUGCUCCGCAGCUCGUUCUGCAACUCAGCAUUAUGAUCCAGACCAGCCAGGUCCUCCCCUUGCAGGGUCUGUCUGCCUCUGCCUCUCUGGUAUCUCUGGGCUGGAUGAUGGCAUCUUAUCAGAAGGCACUACGGGACUCUCGUGAUGACAAGCUUGCCAUGUCAUAUAAAGCUGUGGUGGUGCACAUGCUUUGGCACCUAUUCACAGUAGGAGCACGUGCGAUGGCCUUUGCCCUUUUCGCCUCCAUCUUCCAGCUCUACUUUGGAAUUUUCAUCGUGGCACACUGGUGUGCCAUGACAUUCUGGAUUAUCCAGGGUGAAACUGACUUUUGCAUGUCCAAGUGGGAGGAGAUAAUCUACAACAUGAUGGUGGGUGUUGUGUACAUAUUCUGCUGGUUCAGCGUCCGUGAGGGCCCCAUGCGCUGCCGUCUGCUCCUUUACAGCGUCAUAGUGCUGGUUGAAAAUGUGGCCCUCACUGCCGUGUGGUAUAAUUACCGCAGUCCACGCACUUCAGACUUUUAUGCUGUGGUGGUUGUGUGCAUGGUGGCCUGUAGCUACGCCCUGGGCACAUUUUUUAUGUUUGUCUACUACAGCCUUCUGCACCCAGAUGGUCCUGUGUCUGGGGCCUAUAUUGGAUUUUGUGGGGUGCAAGUGGGUGCUGCAUCAGACCCUUGUAUCUCUUCCUCCACCUCUGCUCCUCCUCUGGAUGCAGUUAGCAGCCCUCCAAGGACACUGCAGAGGACUAAAGCAGGAGAGUCAGUAUUGGGGGCAGAUGGUGGAGAUGUGUUUAAAGUGCGGCUUGUUGCUGGAACACGGACCCCCACACCUCACCUCACCCCAAGGACAGAGGGGCCGGUGAUUCGCAUCGACCUGCCCAGGAAGCAGUACCCAGCCUGGGACGCUCACGUCAUUGAUCGCAGACUGCGAAAGACCAUUUUGGUACUGGAAAGUGCAGCUCCGGUCACACCAAGGAUCCAGUACCGCUGUCUAGGCACACCCAAGGAAGUGAUGGAGUAUGAGACAACAGUCUGAACACUGUGGACUCUCUUAAAUUUGAUUAACUGUUUACCUUCUUCAAAUAUAGGAUGUUAAGUACAAGUGUGGAGAGAUUGUCCUCUCCAGCUUUUUUUGGUGGCUUUGUUAUAGACCUAUAAGAGAGGAGGCGGGGGAGGGGGUAAUGUUGAGCUUUAUUGAUCUCAACAUGAACCCUUAUUGACCCUUUUCAUCUGUGGAGGCAUGUGGCAUAAUGCAAUAGUGUCUAGAAAAGUGGUGUCACCCUGUGGUGUCAUUAGCCAUACAGGUUAUUGGGUCAGAGGGUUAGGAGGUUAUGCAGGAGGUCAUUCAACAGGCAGUUUGUGGAUGUUUAUGAAAGAACCCCGGAAACAACAACGAGCGGGUCAUGGUAACAAUGUAUGAUCUACAAAACAAUAUAUAUGUGUGUUACAUUGACAGUGAUGGUGCUCAAAUAAGUCCUAAUAUGGUAAAAGCCAUUUCUAAUCAUUCGUGGCAGCUGCCCUAAACAGCAAUUACUGAAUCCAGUUGCUAAUAAUUUAUUGGGUUCUGAGGUUGUGCUAUUGUAAGAACAAUUAAAAUGGGUGUAAGAUGUCUCAUUAAAGGCCUUAAUCAACUUUCUUACAUUUGUAAAUCCAGCAUCUGUAAUGUGCAUUCCACCGAUCUUCAACAGCUAUCAUCUUCACAACAUUUCCUGAAUUACAAAUGAAUGAAAAAGGUGUAUGGUUCAUAUUCUGAAAAAAAUUAUUAAGAGAUAACAUCAUCGUCAUCAGGCAUUCUAAGCACACGAUAUUUAACCUUCAAGGACAAGGAACAGCCACAAGACCUUUAGUAUUAAUACUCCUUGCUUUGUAAGAUUUUUGUUUUUGUGUGUGUGCUUUUAAAAAACUCAUAACAAUUACCAAUCAUCAAGGUCUCUUUUCAGUGGACAAUUCUGCUCACUUUUCAAGGAAACAAUACAUAUCACUGUAAAAUCCUUCACUUUUUUGUUUUUCCAAAUGCUCUCAAAUGACAUUUGUAUGAUAGAUAAUGGGUCUGAUGCUGAAAUGUGACUGAGUUUACCUUUCAAUCGAAUAUUUGUUUUUUAUCUCAAAGACAGGUUUAUUAUAUGCCUAUAUAAGUGUAAGUUAAAAUGAUGAUAAUACAACAGUAUUUCAAAGAAGUUAACAAACAUGAGUUCAAAUUCUGAACUGACUCAUUAUAUGAAGUUUAAUGGGAAGAAAACCCAUAUGCCAUAUGUUUACAUGUUUCAGAGCAGUUCUCUUUAUAUAAUUCAUAAAAAGUUAUCAGCUUUAUGAUUAUGCCAUUUCAUGUAAGUUACACAAUCUGGUGCAAUAAAAUAUUUUAAUUGUGAAUUAGAUAUUUGAAUAUUUUGAUGCAUAUGAACAAAUCCAUGCAGUAUCUUUUGUCUCUUUUAUAUUCUGUUUUCCAUUUACAUUAAUUACUUUUUGUGAUUAUUUCUCACAUUAAUACAUCUUCAAGUCUACUGUUUCAAGUGAGAUGUGACAAUUAAAUCUACCAACUGCUGACACAUGAUGAGAAUGUAUGUGUUCUAACAGGUCAAAACUAUUAUUUUUUCUUUCUUUCUUUCUUUCUUUCUUUCUUUCUUUCUUUCUUUC